AUGAUGCAGGCACUAUUCAACAAGGGCGCCACUUCCAUUGGCAUCCAGUCCGCAAUCACGUAUCAGGGCUCGCCCAACCCGGAUCACUUCUACGAGGACGAGGUCAUCACUGCUUCCGCGAGGCGCGAAAGCCACUCGACCCAUAUCCCCAUCGAGACAAGCUACGUCGACAAGGCCGAAUGGGAGGCCUCCAUGCCACUGCAAGGGCUCGAACGUGACAUCCAUGGCAUCAAGCGACGCCGGAGCGCCGCGCCGUCGUCGUGGCCGCUGGCGUGGAGCAAAGGGGACCGGGCGCCGAAACUACGGAGAGGGGCCACUUCGCCCACGUCGUAUGUCAAUCGCCGCAUCCUUUCGGCUAUUCUCAUGGCUAUCUUUUUCGUAUUUUUCGUCGUCAUGGUCAUUCUCAAGGACACAUCCGGCGAGUUGGCGACGGCCGAAUCGCAGUCCUCGCGCGGUUCCACCUCGGGGGCAGCGUCGACUCUCGGCGACGCCUCGGCCACAGGGACCGACCGAUGGUCCGAUGCGCCGGGUCGGUGGAAGCACGAGGUGACCGGUUGGGGGUCCAAAACCUGGCUGUCAGCACAAGAAAAGUUCAACAAAGCCAACAAGAAGCUUUUGAGUUCGUUCGGACAUGUGCACGGGCCUACGGCGGCCACACCCGCAACUCGGCCAGAGGCCGCUGCCGACAUCCAGAAGCUCAACAUGAAAAAGGUGCAAAUUAAAGAGGGUAUUCUGCGUCACUGAGUUCGCACGUCCCGGGGCACUGACUGGGGUCGAAUUACUUUCAGAUCUUCAACCACGACACGCCCCAGCCCACUCUGGAAAUGCAGCUGAAGAAGGGUGUUCGAUACAUCACCAGCAUCGCAUACGGAGGCCAUGGUCAGUUCGACCCAUCCACUUUGUACGUUUUCGCGACUGACGCCCCUUUCCUGGUUCCCAUUCCCUCUCGUAGCAAAUCAAAUGAUCAGCAUCGCGCGCCAACUCUUGCUCGCCAAGAUGACAAAUCGGGUCGCUAUCAUGUGAGCCACCGGUUUCACAGCUAUCGCUUUGUGCCCCGUCUAGUCCCACGCGUGCUGAAUGUGCGCGCAUUUGCUACCGAACUCGUUCGAUCCCUGCAGCCCGACGCUGCUGCCGACCUGGUGGCAAGGCGGUUCCAAGGACCUGACGGACUAUUACGAUCUGGACCGGUUCGUGGCGGACUCGGGAAUCCCGGGAGUGACGUGGUCGUCGGUAAAGCCACUGACGGACAAUGUGACCGAAGACAUCGCGUGUUGGUCUGUGCACGAGGCGACCGUCGGCCACGGCCUCUCCUUCGUGCCCUCGAUGGAUAUGCACGGCAUGAAGGUCACGCCCUGGGCGCUUCCGCCACUGCAGCGCGGUGAUGGCGGCUUCGACCUCGCGUUUGAUGCGUUGCGCAUCUUUGACUACGACCAAGGGGCGAAAAUUCGCUGGCUCGACACUGUCCGCGCCCAGAUGCUCCCGCAAGAGCCGUUGGCCGACGGCAAGGCGAUCCCCAUCGACCACGUGGAAGAGCGCUACAAAAAUCGCAAGACCCUUUUCGAUCCUCGUUCCCCCGUGGUGCCCACUCACCAAAUGUUUUGUUUGGACAACACGAUGUUCGUGGGGCCAUUGGGCUUUCAGCGGCCCGAUUUUCACGACUUGCCGCUCGAGGCGCUCGUUCCCGGGGAGGAGUUGUCAUGGAUCGAGGCCGGGCAGCACAUGCACUUCAACGAAGCGCUCGAGGGCCAUGCCGACGCCGCUCUUGUCCGGCUUUUCAACGUCAAGACGAUUUCGGACGUGCCGCCGUUCAUUACAAUGCACAUGCGGCGAGGGGAUUUCAAAGAGUUCCUCGGCGCUUUCAUCCCCCUCGAGGCGUACACCGAGGCUCUGCGCAAACUCCGGGCACGGCUCCAGGAGAGGAUCGACGAUCCGGAGGGGUUCGUGGGUCCUGGCCGCAAGCACUUUAAAGUCUACCCUGGAUACUCCGCGGCGGACUACCGCGUGAUCGUGUCGACCGAUGAAGCUUCCGACAGCGAUUUCGUCAAGGAGGUCAAGGCUUUGGGUUGGCUCGUGGUCGACCACGAGGAGUUGGGCACCGAGAAGCUCGGACGAUGGCACAACCAGAUGCUCGACUUUGCGCUGUUAGCUCGGGGACAGAGCUUUGUCGGCACCCCGAGAUCGACGUACUCGCACAUCUCCUCGGCGCGGGUUAAGUAG